UGCAUGUCCCGGUCAAUCGCGUACUUACUAGUCCUAAUUUGUAUCCGCCAUGCCACCUUUUCGGCGGGCGUCUUCCAAGAAUGAGGACGAGGCGUAUACAGAGGGAGUCACCCAAGCGAAACGGCAGAAAGGCAACUCGGGAAGGAUCAUGGCCCCUUCUCCAAACAUGCGUGUUACAAGGGCAUCAAUGUCACUCGAUGGCCUGCUAGAUUUUUUUCGAGCUGGAAUAGAAACCCGUACGUCUGAUGACCCAGCAAACGGCCCGGAGGAAGCCAGUUAUUUUGAACGUUACAUGUGCUCCGUGCUGCCAGAGUGUUUGGAAGUACGCCGCCAGGUACAAGACAGCGAUUCCAGAACGGACAACUUUGGCACUCUUAUCCGACCUUUGUCUCGGUACGAGUUGUCGGCUGCGAUAAAGUAUGCGUCCGCGUUUGGUGCGGCGGCUCUUCCUUCACCGGCACAGGCAACUAUAUUGAGAAAGCUGCAACUCCGUCGGGUAAGCAAUAGACGCGACUCAGAGACUAGAGGUUUAUUUGUGUGGCAGGAAAGGCGUAGAACAGAUAUUCAGGAGCUAGACUUUGUCAAUUACAAUUCUUUGACUUCCGCACCCCCCCAAUUACCGCCUCAGCCGCCACAAUCAGGCAUUUUUAACUCGCUAAAAUCUAUCCGAACGACACCUUACGAAGCGUCUUUUUUAUCACGCCUAUGUGGUCAUAGACCACCUACAGACUCGGGGCUAGUUGCAGUAGACUGGGAAACCAGGUCUCCUUGGAUAGAAUUGAUGACAGAUGUGCGAGAGCACUACUCAUAUGCGCACCCCACAUCAUCUCAAUCACCUGAAGUUCCGGUUCCAAUCCGUUACGUCUCCCUGCAGCCGUCCCACCUUCAACAGGUACACGAAUUAUUAGCUAGAGUGUUCUGGGAUGGAAUUGAUGUUAGCGACUUGCUUCAGUCUUCUCCCGAGCGUUGCUCAGUGAUCGCCAUGUAUGGCAAAAUUGUCAUCGGCGUGGCUCUUUUGAGCUCGCCUCAGGAAGCGUAUAUCACGUACCUGGCCGUCAGAGCAGGCUGGCAUAAUUCUCAGAUAGCAACUACUAUGCUGUAUCACCUGAUCAUGCUCAAUCCGCACAGAGAUAUCACACUUCACGUAGCUGCUAAUAAUCCAGCGAUGUUGCUGUACAACAGAUUUGGGUUCAAGGCUGAGGAGUUCAUUGCAGGAUUCUACGAAGAUUACCUGGACUCUCAGUCAAGGGCAUCUAUGAAUGCCUUCAGAUUGCGUCUUCGACGAUGACAACACGAUUUUCAGAUUGGCACUGAUCUAAUCACCAGAACGACAGGGACCUGCUGGUCCAGUACUCCCGGGGUACUUUGUCGGGAAUAGUUAUAUCCGCCAAAGUCAAGGUGUUGAUAUGCGCCCGGCGUAUCAAUCGCGAUGUUCCAUCACUAGGGACCAGGCACAACCGCAAUGCUAGGGAGUCAACCAUAACAUAUUAAUCCGAAUGUCAUGAAUAGCAAAUAUGAAUGUAUGUUUUCAUGUCCG